UCCUCCCAUAUCUCGCCAAGUCUCGCGCACUUGUCACCAAGAGCAACAACACGCUUAAAUGAAGAGAACACGAGAGACACUUCGCCUCGUAGGACAAUAUAUUCAACAGGACCCCAUUCUCAACGAAGUCCUGAUGUAGAAACAAAAUCAAGGAGCCAACAGCAGCACCAGUUAUAGAUAUGCCUGCAGAGAUUUUGUCCUCCAUGGCGACCUCUAGUCCAACCCAGCUGAUUACCUCUGAUGAUGGCAAACAGUGUAUAGAUGCACAGUCCAAGGGCUUGACAGCAAUCCCUAUAGAUGUGUUCAAUGCAUCACAUAUCCAGUGCCUUUUCCUCAGUGACAAUGCUCUUACACAGAUCCCAGCUGCUAUAGCUAGUCUGGUCAACUUGGAGAUCCUGGCUCUGAACCAGAAUGCACUGAGUUCCUUAAGCCCAUACUUGUUUGGUUUGCCGAAAUUGCAGGUUUUAGACGUGAGCGAAAAUGAGCUAGUUGAGAUACCUAGAGAUAUUGCUGGGUUGAAGUGUCUGAGGCAGUUUUAUGCAAAUCGAAAUCAAAUUUGUGAUAUUCCACCAGAAAUUGGGGGCCUUGAAAAGCUAGAAUUUUUAGGCUUAAAUGAGAAUGGAAUCAGAGACAUUCCUGAUGAGAUAUCCAAACUUAGUAAUUUAAAGAUACUUGGAUUAGAACAGAACAGAAUAGAGUUCCUGAAUCCCAAAGUUUGUGAAAUUGAGGGUCUUCUGAAAUUGGGUUUAUGCGGAAAUCACAUGACAAAUUUCCCAAGAGAAAUUGAAAAUUUGAUUUGUUUACAGGGUUUGUAUUUAGAUGAUAAUGAUUUUGAAUUUAUACCCAUUCAGGUAUACAGUUUUGAGAAUUUGAUCGAGUUAACCAUGUCUGACAACAAAAUUACUGAAGUUCAAUCUGAUAUUGGAAAAUUGUCUCGACUGAGGAUUCUUUUGCUAAACAACAACCAAAUCAAAACUCUCCCCCAGGAGAUGUUUUUUCUUGAAAAUUUAGACACCCUGUCCCUUGAAGGCAAUCAGAUCUCAUGCCUCCCUGCAAGCAUAGCAGAAUUGUACAAUUUAAAAGAGCUUCAUCUGAGUCACAAUGACAUCUCAGUGAUUCCUGAUGAAUUGUGCAUGUGUUCAGAGCUGGAUACCCUCACUGUUGAUCACAACAAGAUCUCGGAGCUCCCGCUAGAGAUGGCCAACCUCAAAAAGCUCAAUACUUUGUCUAUGAAUGACAACAAGUUUGAAAGAAUCCCCAGGGCUAUUGGUGCUGUCAGAGGGUUAGAAGUCCUAAGUCUUAGUGGAAACAAGCUGGUUGAUCUCCCAGAAGAAUUUAGCCAGUUGGAGAAGAUUCGUCAUUUGGACUUGAGUAGAAAUGGAAUGGCAGAGUUCCCAUUGCCACUGACUAAGUUGUCACAGUUAGAAUAUCUAGACUUGCAGGAGAAUGAGAUCUCUUGCUUGCCAGAUGAGUUUGGACAGCUUGUAAACUUAAAAGAGUUCAAAAUCAAUAAGAAUAAACUAGACAAUUUCCCAGAAGUGAUGUGUGCCUUGGCCAACCUGGAGGUGCUCAACAUGGCUGACAAUGUGAUCAUUGAUGCACCAGAAGAAGUAGCAAACAUGACAGGGUUGCGAUACCUAGAUUUGUCCAACAACAAGUUUGAUAUGUUUCCUACACAUGUUUGUGCCAUCCCCAAUUUGGAUCUUUUGAAUUUUGACCAGGAGAAUGGCUCAAAAGUUGGAUGGCUUCCAGAAGAGCUUGGCCAGUCCAGCAUUUGCCAUCUUUAUGUGCAAAACAACGAAAUUGGUGGCCUUCCUCAAAGCAUUGCCAGCAUGAAGAACCUCCAGACCUUGGUGGCCCAUCACAACAAUAUCAUGUCCAUCCCAGACUCCAUGUGUGAGAUGAGACUACAAGUGCUACAACUGGACGACAAUCAACUCUCGACACUGCCAGCAGACUUUGAUCAUAUGACUGGCCUAAAUGACCUACGCUUACAGAACAACCCCCUGAAGACUCCCCCCAUGGACAUCUGUGUUAGUGGGGUACUGCAGCCUAUUGGAAGGUUCCUCAGAAAACACCUGGAAAGAGAGGAACUGCUGCUGCAGAAGAUGAUUGACCACAUUGUCAACACAAUAGACAAGCAAGAGCUACGCCAACUAUGGAGAAAGUUCCGCUUUGAAGCUGAAGUGAUUCAAGAACUGGAGCAGCAAUACAAGGGCAAGGAUAAGUUGAAGGAACGCAUUCUUGCAUCGAUGAAAUAUUGGAAAGAGCAUAAUGCCGAGGCGAGUUGCGACCUCCUGAUACACAUAGUGCGGGUGUUGGGGAUGGAGACACUGCAUAGUAAAUUAAAGGCUAUGAAGAUCUACUCCCAGGCAUUAAGAUUAUAAAAUGAGAAAUGUGAUUUAGU